ACACCGCAUCACCGGGAUCCAGGAGCGUCUCAGUCAUUCUAUGACCUUCUUGUCAGCCUUGGCAAAGGUCACCAGGCUAUACUAGAUUUGCUUGACCUGGGUGCCAAGUUAGAAUAUCCCCCUGGGACCAUGGUUUACAUUUGUGGCAAGGUGCUGGAGCAUGGAGUCCCAGGUUGGGGUGAUGGGGAGAGGAUCGUAAUCGCUCACUUUGUCAAGGAUAAGGUCCAU